UUGCAUUUUCUAUUAGAGCCUUCAAUUUCCUAAUUUGAAUGGGGACCAGAAAUCAAUGUUGCGUUUCAAGGUCUCACGGAUUGGCCUGUUCAACCUUGAAAUCAAUUAACACUGACAUGAUUUAACCGUAGAGGAUUGUCUUUCCGAUCAUGCUUAAUUAUCAGUUUUUGUUUAAUUCUGUUUAAUUAAGAUUUCCAACUAUGAUCGGAGCAAAGAGUAAUAGAUUGGGGUGAUAAUGUGUUUUAAUUAAUACCUGAUUUCCUUCUACAUCCCUGUAGGUAUAGCUAACCAUCACCAGGAUUCAAAAAUUUCAGUUAAUAUGGCAGACACUAAAAAGCAAGUAAUGCAAGCAAGAUGGUAUUUUGGUGGUUUAGCAUCUGCAGGUGCUGCUUGUUUCACCCAUCCUUUGGACUUGCUGAAAGUUAUGCUGCAAACACAACAGGAAGGAAAAUUAUCAGUUGUGCAACUGACCAUUAAUAUCAUAAAAAAUCAAGGGGUGAGGAGUCUUUAUAAUGGUCUUUCAGCCUCAUUUUUGAGGCAAAUGACCUACUCAACAACCCGCUUUGGAAUAUACGAGGUUGCAAAACAAUCAAUACAGGGAGAUACCAGUUUUCUAACAAAAGUAGGUAUAGCAGGGAUGGCGGGGGCUGCUGGUGGCUUUGUGGGCACACCUGCAGACAUGGUUAAUGUUAGGAUGCAGAAUGACAUCAAACUUUCUCCAGAAAAACGUAGAAAUUAUAAACAUGCAAUUGAUGGUCUUUGGAGGGUUUAUAAGGAGGAGGGCGUUGUGAGGUUAUGGUCUGGAGCAUCUACUGCUACUAGUCGAGCAGUUUUCAUGACAAUUGGACAGUUGUCAUUCUACGAUCAAGUGAAAAAAAUGCUUUUACAAACACCAUACUUCGAGGAUAACAUUGCGACACAUUUUGUUUCUAGUCUUACAGCCGGUGCCAUCGCCACCACAUUGACUCAACCUUUGGACGUAUUGAAGACACGUGCAAUGAACGCGAAACCAGGGGAAUUCAAGAGUCAAUGGGAAAUUAUCACUUACACUGCCAAGUUGGGCCCUAUGGGGUUCUUCAAAGGUUACGUUCCUGCAUUUGUGAGGCUAGCGCCUCAUACAAUCCUAACAUUCAUGUUCUUAGAACAAUUGAGAAUCAAUUUCGGAUUUGUUAAGGAUAAAUAGUAAAUGAAAAAAGUGAUUAGUCGUUACCAUUCAAAUAGUCAAAUCAUUUUAAGAUAUAAUUUCUAAUUUAUUGAUUUCUUACGAUUUUUAAUUUAUUAAUGUUACCAGAUUUUAUGGAAAUUUAUUAUUUGUUGUUGAAAAUUUCGAGAUGUUACCAAAUUGUUUGAAAAAUAUUGUUUUAUAAUUCUUCUGUGACAGUGACCAUAUCUUGCAUUUUAUUGUUCGAAAAGUUUCAGGGCUAUUCAGGGUUUAGGUAAAUAUACUUAUGAUAUAUUUAUUUUUAUAUUAAGUACACAGUGAAUAUCGAUCCAAAAUGUUCCUCGCAUAUUUUAUUUUGAAUAAAAGGAAUUGUGGCAGA